CUUUUCAAACAAGACACACUGAGAAGAAGAAGAGUACCGAUUGCUAUUGGCUGUUCGUUGCAAUAUCCCACAAUUCUUUCGGCCUGAACUUCCUUUUCCCCUUCGUCCAUUUUCUCCCUGGACGGGAAUUAGGUAAUAAUGGCACCCAGUCGGAAUGGAAUGCUCUUGAACCCUCACUUCCAUAAAGAUUGGCAGAAGAGGGUGCGCACCUGGUUCAACCAGCCCGCCAGGAAGGUCCGCAGACGAAAGGCUCGGCAAGCGAAAGCCCGCCGCAUCGCGCCGCGUCCGGUAGCAGGGCCCCUGCGGCCCGCGGUCAGAUGUCCCACCAUCCGGUACCACACCAAGGUGCGCUCUGGACGUGGAUUCACCCUGGAGGAGCUGAAGGCUGCUGGCAUCCAUAAGAAGGUGGCUCGCACCAUUGGCAUCGCGGUGGAUGCCCGCCGUCGCAACCGGUCCACAGAGUCCCUGCAGGCCAACGUGCAGCGGCUGAAGGAGUACCGCUCCAAGCUCAUCCUCUUCCCCCGCAAGGCCUCCGCCCCCAGGAAGGGAGACAGCACUCCUGAGGAGCUCAAGAUGGCCACUCAGCUGCCUGGCCCCGUCAUGCCCCUCAGAAGUGUGUACAAGAAGGAGAAGGCCCGCGUGAUCUCGGAGGACGAGAAGAACUUCAAGGCCUUCGCCAGCCUGCGCAUGGCUCGCGCCAACGCCCGCCUCUUCGGCAUCCGCGCCAAGAGGGCCAAGGAGGCGGCCGAGCAGGACGUGGAGAAGAAGAAAUAAACCUUUAUACAGGACUGUGGAAUAAAAACAAACGCCCCAAAA